AUGCUGAGAUCACAGGUAGGACGUGUUGCUCGAGUAAUUAACCCAGCAAAGUUUCACAACUCGCGCUGGCAAGCCGUCCGCUCAUCUUCACGCUACUCCGGGUAUGGGACUUAUCCCCCACGUCGUAGCUGGACGAAAACCAUGCUCACCUUGAUUGGAGGAUUGGGGGUUGUUGGUGGUGUGACCUGGUGGUUGUAUUGGCCCCAUCAUACAUUCAGCUCUUCAGUGGCGAAGAUCCUGAGAAAGGGUCUCUGGGCUGAAAGUGACCGUGAGGGCAAUGACUACAAAAAGGCCCUCGAGUACUACAUCGAAGCGUUGCAGCUUGCACAGAGUGAGAAUCUGGACCCCUUGAGCGACGAGUACACCGGGAUCCAGUUGAAGAUUGGCCAGAUGUAUGAACAGCUGAGUAUGUUCCCCGAGGCGCUAAUGAUCUACACGGAGAUUUGCUCGAACUACCUCGUUGCCUUGACUACACCUGGUGCUGUGUCGAACUCAUUGAGACCACAUUUGAUUCAAAAGGACCUGCGUGUUGUAAUCAAGUGUGCACAGCUGAACACAUCGGACCCACAGAUGUGUAAACUCAUGCUGAUGACCCAUUUGCUGGUUGCUCAGGAGGAGGUUGCCAAAAAGAGCGCUGCAGUGGCAAAACUGAUCUCAAGAGACUCGUUACGCGCUGAUCAAGAAGAUGUCUCGAUAACAAGCGAUGCCAACACUGUUGAAGAGUCUCUAAAGGAUCCCACAAAGUUGCAGCUGAACAGAGGAGCCUGGGAACCGUUCCGUGAUGAGCUGUUCAACGCCAGAGAGCUAUACGUCGCUCUGUGCAUCUCCACAGGUGACAUCUGGACCGCAGCUCGUACCGCAACAGCAACAGUUGCUUGGAUGAUCAACGCUGAGUGCUCCCCAGUACAGAUCAUAGAAUGCCAGAACAACUUGGGAUCCGUCCUGUUCUUGAAUGCUGAGGCACUGGGCAACAAGAUAUCCCAGGGAACCCGUUCCGGGAUGGACGAAUCGGAGCUCAACCAACUCAGACAAGGCCAGAAGCAAUCGUUGAAGUCAUCAGAGAAGUGCUAUGAAUCAGUGCUACAAUUUUCUAAGAGGCUGCCUACGGAGAUUCGCCGUGCAGAAGGAAUGGAGGAGUCCAUCGCAUUGGCUACCUACUCUCUCGGCGUUGUAAAGCUACACAACGGUGAGCUAAUACCUGCAAGAAACCUGCUGCGUGAGGCUAGACUCAGAGCAAAGGCUGCUGGGUACGAGGAGCUGAUCCAGAACGCUGAGAAUGAACUCGGUAAAGUACGUGAUGCCCUUGAAAAAACUAACCCGUCAAAGGAGUCCCCUUCCGAUGCCAACCAGAUAGAAGCACUGUUGGAGGCACACGAUAAGGGCCCAUCAGACUUCACUGUCGACGUUGCCAAAUCAACUCGCUAG